AGCAAGCUCUCAUUUGUGGUCUUCUCACUCUCUCCGCUUCCCUGCAAAACAAACCCAUCUACGGCGCCUGCCUGGCAAAGUCAUGGCGACCACAACAACAUCAGCGGCUGAACGGCAGCUGUCUCAGAAGGAGCUUGAUAUUCAGAUGAUGUUGGCGGCGGAGGUCCAUCUCGGGACAAAAAACUGCGACUUCCAGAUGGAGCGCUAUGUAUUUAAGCGCCGCAAUGACGGAAUCUUUAUUAUAAACCUGGGGAAGACAUGGGAAAAACUCCAGCUUGCUGCCAGGGUUAUUGUGGCAGUUGAAAACCCUCAGGACAUCAUUGUUCAGUCUGCCAGACCCUAUGGUCAGAGAGCGGUGUUGAAGUUUGCUCAGUACACUGGAGCUCACGCAAUUGCUGGAAGGCACACUCCUGGAACAUUCACCAACCAGCUCCAGACCUCUUUCAAUGAGCCUCGCCUCCUUAUCCUUACAGAUCCAAGGACUGAUCACCAGCCCAUUAAGGAGGCAGCUCUUGGGAAUAUCCCCACUAUCGCAUUCUGUGACACAGACUCCCCAAUGCGAUAUGUUGAUAUUGGAAUACCUGCUAAUAACAAGGGGAAGCAUAGCAUUGGAUGCCUCUUCUGGCUGUUAGCCAGGAUGGUUUUGCAAAUGCGUGGCACAAUUCGUCCAGGGCAUAAGUGGGAUGUCAUGGUAGAUUUAUUUUUCUACAGGGAGCCUGAGGAAGCCAAGCAGCAAGAAGAAGAAGAAGCAGUUGCUGCUAUUGAUUAUCCUCCUCCCGCUGACUAUGUUGCUUCUGAUCAAUGGGGUGGUGGUCCAAUUAGCGAUAAUUGGGCUGAGGUUCCACAAGCCCCCAUUGCUACUGCCCCUGGUGUUGGCUGGCCAGCAGAUGCAGCACCAAUUGCUGGUGUUGAUUGGGAGGCUGAAGUUCCAGCACAGAUACCGGCUGCUGGAGUAGAAACCGCUGCUGCUCCUGUUCCUGCUCCUGGCUGGGAUUGAAUGUAGCCUUAAUGAUCAAAUUUUGCUUCUGCUUCUUGUUCUGGAAGCAGAACUUAGUUAUAGACUGCGGUUCAUGGGUUUUGACAUUGGUACUUUUAUUUUAUAGUAAUGCUGUAUUUUGUAACAUGCGACUGGUUUUUGACUUUUUUCAUAGCUAAGAGCUGUUUUACGAGUA